CACUGUAGCGCGCGGCUAUGGAGUCAAAGAGAGGCAAUGAUUCGAUGUGGGCAUUCAUCCCUUUGGUGGGAAAUCCCCCUACAAAAGCCGCAAGCUUAACAGCAAAAUCCAACAUCAGGAGUGACAGAACGGCAUUCCAAAUCCGGUUUUUGGCUUCGUUGUUCUUCCGGUUCCAUCCUUCUCGCAUUUGUGUGUUCUUGCCAAGAAUCUCGCAAGCCCGCCAGGAAUCGGAGGUCAUGGGUUGAUCGCACGUCGCAUUGGGUCUCUCGCGCUGCUGAUUUCCCUGCGAGAAGUUUGUAGCAGCAGGGCUCGGCGCUGGAUCGAGGAUCCACGGUUCUUUCCUUUCUGUGGAUCAGGACGGAUCCAAAUUCGAAUCUUUUGGAUUUUUUUUCUCUUUUUUUCUCCCUUUUGUUCUCGCGUGUGUGUGCUCGUUGCAGGAGGAACAGUAUAUCGUCUAGUUCUUCCACAGUGACAAAAGAAAAACUGUGAGAGGAGAGAACUUUUUGUUGGCUUCCUGUCGAUUUUUGUUGUUUGGAGAUAACCCACACAGCAGCUUUCUUCCAUUUCUAUCUCUCCGUUUAAUUUUUUUUUUUCUUCUUCUUACUUCGAUCGUGAGCGAGGACGAGAGUUUUUGGUUUUUGAGGAGAGGAGAGCAAGAGAUCUUCGCGAUGUCUCCGUGAGGAGUAAUGCAGCAGCCGGUAGAAGAUUGCCAGAGGGGUUCUUCCAUUCGCAGCGACAACACCUUCCAGAGUUCCAGUUCUCCAGCGCUCCCGAUCCAGAUGCAGCACCACGAUUUCAUGGGCCAAGGUACCCUGGAGCAUCCCCACGGCUUCGUCGAUCACCACUACCAUCUCUCGCCGGGGAUGAUCAGCACAAGAUACGGCGCUAUUUCCAACUCCAUGGUCGCCUCACUGCAGUCGCCAUACAACUUUCAGCUAUUAAGGAGAACGCUUCUUCCGGUAAGUGCCUUCGCAGAACAGCAGCGAGCACAAGUCUCUUCGUCUCCUCCUUCGCCGCUUCUCAGCGAUUCUCACCGCCAGAUCGAUCAGACGAGCGCGCAGCAGCAGCAGCAGCAGCAGCACGGCACUACCAAUUUGUCCACUCUCAAAUCUUUGCUGAGGCAGCCGCAAGAGAAUAGCCACGACGAUCAUCACGCAGCUCUUCCUUCCAUGGAUCAAAGCCACCACCAGAGCGCUAUCGUCAAUCACCAGUCGCUGACUUUGUCCAUGAGUUCCGGCUCACAGUCGAGCAACACCGAUUCGUCUUCCAUCGCCGCCCACCACGAUCACCAGCCGCUCGUGACCUUCCAGGACCAGGAGCUACCACCGCCGCCAUCCUCGUCCGCCACCACCACCGCCAUCAAUCUUCCAAGGACCACCGGUAGCAAGAAGAGGCUCGGCAAGAACAAGGCGCCCAACUUGCGCAAAUCGAUCGAUACUUUCGGGCAGCGAACAUCGGUCUUUCGGGGUGUGACCAGGCAUCGCUGGACUGGGCGUUUUGAGGCUCAUCUCUGGGACAAUACUUGCCGAAAGGAAGGACAAACGAGGAAAGGAAGACAAGUGUACUUAGGGGGGUAUGAUGCGGAGGAGAAGGCAGCAAGAGCUUACGAUCUGGCAGCUCUCAAGUACUGGGGGCCUACGACAACUACAAACUUUCCGGCUGUGGAGUAUCACUCCAAGUUAACUGAGAUGAAGAGUAUGAGCAGACAGGCAUUUGUUGCUGCGCUCAGGAGGAAGAGCAGUGGCUUCGCGAGAGGCGCAUCGAGGUUCAGGGGUGUAACAAGGCAUCACCAGCAGGGAAGAUGGCAAGCUCGGAUCGGACGAGUUGCGGGGAAUAAAGAUCUGUACCUCGGAACUUUCAGUACUGAAGAAGAAGCUGCCGAAGCUUACGACAUCGCAGCCAUCAAAUUCCGCGGUGCAAGCGCGGUGACAAACUUCGACAUGAGUCACUACGACUUGAGGCGGAUUUGCUCCAGCCCGAGCUUGCUACUGGGUGACACCGCCAGGAUCAAGCACAAGGAAGCUCCCGACGCAGCGAACGAUCAGAGCGUCACCAUAGCAGCUGACGAACCGAUAUGUGAUGAUGGAGGAGCUCUCGUAACUUCUUCCGCUCCUCAAGACUCUAUCGCUAAUCAGGAACACAACUAUGCUGGUGCCGCGGGGCCGGGAGUUCUUCGCAACCUCAUUGGACUCGACACGUUCUCUUGUCAAGCUGAUCAUCCUGAAGCUGCCGAUACGAGCUCCUCGGAUGGUGGUGGUGGAGGUGGCGGAGUUCCAAGUUCCUCCGUAGCUCAGCACGACGAUCAGCUUUAUACUCCGGCGCCGCCAGAUUACAGCACCGGAUCCCUGAUGCCAUCACCGCUGCAAACUCUCCACGCGAUGAGGUCCACAAUCCCGGCACACAUGCCUUACUUCUCAGCCUGGAACGAGUCGGAGUGAUCGAUCACAUAUGCAACCGAUCAUCAGGAGAAAACUUAUUGUGUUGAAAGCAAAAAAAGAAGAAAAAAACUUUCAAUUCAAUUUGACGAGCUAUCGUUGUAUCGAAAUUCUCAAUACCACAUCUCGAGAAAACCAAAAAACAGUAACGAAUUUCGAUCGAGACCA